AUGUCACCCGCAUUAGACGGACUCGUCAACGUGAACUCCCUCUUCACCAUCGCCGUUUUCGUCGGUCUUUCCCUAACAACCCCCGGCCAAAGGAGCCUCGAGAAUCGAACCUCUUGCGACGCCGGCAUCGACGUUGAAAAGAAGCUUCUAGUCUACGAGGUUGUGCUCGUUCAGUUUCUUCCUGUCUUCGUCUCUAGUAGCGCAGGAUUCGGUUGGGGUUGUUGUCCUGUGGGAGUAAAUCUGCUGCUCAUUGCUGUUGGGGUUAUGGUUGUUUUGGUUUCUUCUGCUCUUGUCAUGUAUAUUUCUACUGCUAUUUAUGCUUUUACUCACUAA